AUUACAGCAUUUUACAUAUUCAUACUCAUAUUCAAACUGUGUUAGUCGCGAUGUAUCGUGAUGGGAACGCGGAUCAAACCGAGGCGGGCUCGAAGAUGAACGCUGGUGUUGUGCGGGUUGAGUUUUUUUUACACCCAGCGACUCCAACUGUAAUUUGACAAGAGGAGGAAACGAGCUAUUGCGGUGCGACGGCAAAUUACAUGGAAACAUGCCUCCCCCCUUUGUGUGAUUAGACGUGUGUACGCCGCUACAUAUUCAUACCAGCGCCGACAAACGCAGUUUAGCAUAUUUUAUUAGUAAUCGGCGACGCGGCUCCGCACAUAUUUGACACAUUUAGAUGUUUGACUAGCGCAGGUUGAUUGAAGCGGGGGGGGGGGUUGCUAGCGGGCUAGCGUUAGCUCGCCUGCUAGCGCUCGGCUUUGUGUUGAUGCUCACCGGAGCUUUUUGAACGAGCUUUGCAUAUUCAUUUGGUCGGUGCGCCGGGGCCAGCGGCGGCGCCCGGUCCCCUUUCAAGCGCUGCUCGUGUGCAUGUGUUCGGGGGAAUGCGUGAUAUCUCUGGCUGGUGGAGCGCACGGUGUCACAUCUGUGAACACGGAGCUCGACGUGAUUUUUUUUUAUUUAUUUUUUUUACAGCAGAGCAUUUUUUUUUGCCUCAGCCUUUUGUGUGCGCGGCGCAGAGGGAGAGCUCCCGGCAGCCUGUUGUGUUAUUCAUGCGGGCCUGCCUCAACCGGAGUGCGGACUUCAGCAUAUUCCACCAGCCGACGACGGGCUGGAGCCCACCCUUUACAAACACUCAAAUCUAUUUGUAUUAAAGUAAUAACAAUAAAUCAAAUAAACUGUAAGUGUGACGAGUGGCUAACUGGCUGCGAUUCUCUGAACUUGCUUGGUCCAGAUGCUAACUUCACGUUUGUGAUGAUUGAAUUCUGCUGAAACUCCCGCUGAGGGGGUGUAGCUAACAAUGGUGGGUUAGUGUUUAGUUCAACUUGCUUCUUAGGAGUCCAAACUACAGUUUGAGAGAAGUUGGGGCCAAGCUUUUGUUUUUCUAACUUUGAGUGGCAGCAGUCUGGAUGCUGUUGUUGUUAAUCUGCCUCAUUUGAAUAUGUAAUUUAUUUUGUUGGCACUUUUCGUGGCUCCUGGCUGAGUUAUUUCUGCAGUUUAACCCUGUUUCUGCAGCGAGCGCUUGCAGGAGUUGUGAUCCACUGAAUACAGAGACUGUACCUGUGUGACACCCCCCCUCCCCUCUCUCACCCCUCAUCUCCCCCUCAGCUCGGGGAGGGGUUGUGAGGCCCACUUCCGGAAGGCCACAAUAAUAACAGGCAGGGCAUUCUUACUAUUCACUCUGCAGGUUUCAUUGCCGGGCAAGACACAGCUUGACACAGCCCGAUGAAACCGUCUUUUUCAGACUCAUGUGCUUUGACAUUGAGGGGUUUUUGAAUGAGGUUAGUCCGUUGUAACGCCACUACAGAGGAGGGGCUUCUCACUUUUCUUUGCUCUUACAGUGAAGUUAGUUGGACAGUUGUUUUUUGCACCUAUAGCUGAGCUCAGACAUGCACAGAAAUUAACACAUUUUCCUGAUAUUUGAUAUAUGUGCAUAUGCAAAUCUCAAAGUCAGGUGCUUCCCCCAACAUUUUCAGGAACUUUCCCCGGCCAACUGCCAAAUAUCAGAGUGAGCCCAUGCGAGAAUUUGGCGGGAGAUUGUCCGGAAAGGAGCAAGCGAGCAAUUGGGUGUGUUGGUGGAGUUUCUAACACGCGAUGGGUCCAAAACUAGAGGAACAACACAAAAGAGCGCUAAUAUUUUAGGAUUAAAAAGACUUUGUUUUUGAAAGACUGCAAAUUCCUUUUGGUGAUAAGGGCCUAUGCUGGUGUCAAUGUGUUUUAAACAAUAACCUGUGAUCUCUGCAGCAGAAUUAAUUUGUUGUGCCCUGCUCAAACGCUGCCCCUCGCUUGAAUGUUCCUGACAUUCUCCUGUUGUGAACGAGUCUGACAUGGACAAUGUCCUGCUGCGUUCUACCUAUCUGAAAGGCAACGCCCGGGAAAAAAAUCCUGAUAUUUUCUGGACUUUCCGUCUGAAAAUAGUUUAAGGUGUCUCCAUUUUUCUGACCAUUUAUGUUUUGAGCGUUUUUUUUUUUACCAUCUUUACUAAUCAAAAUUAGAUAUUGAACAGAGCUGGAACUUGUCUUUUAAACAUUUGGUCUAUUUUAAUAAUCUUUAUGUCUCAGGCCUUACCAGUGAAGUAGACCGCUUUCUUUAUGAUGCAAAUACACUAAAGUCAUACCAUUGUUACAAGGAGAAUCACGGACUAAUUUUGCCCACAGUAAUAAUAUUAUCACAUUGCAGGCAUUACAUGUGAUGUAUUGUAACACAGUGGUGAUGCUAAGUUAUAUUCUUUAAAUCAAGCCAAGUGAGUUAAAGCAUUAAAUGUUGUGAAUAGUUACAUUUUCUGUCUGGUAGUAUUUUUGGGCAAUGAGAUCCAUUGUAUGUAUGGAAACACUCUCCUUGCACAAACAAUAAUGAUUGACUUAUUAAACUAGGCUACUUAAAGAAUAGAUGAGAAAUAAUGCUGUCACCACCACACUUAGGCUACUUUUCUCAUUUAAUCAGUUUUACAGUUCCACCCUCAUUCCAGCCUUGUAGUUCCACCAUGAAUAUUCAUUAAUGUAAACACAGUUGCUAUGAAUAAUGCAUCACUUGUGGUAAUACAUUCAGAACAUGCCACCUCAAAGUACUGAGGAGUCCUCGUUGAAGGCUCCAAUCAGACAAGUUUUUUCUCUGUGGAUAAAGAGAGUCAUAACUAAUAAGAGCUGUUUGGUGCGCUCUAGACAGAAAACCACUUUUUUUCUGGUGGUUCAUUUCUGACUAAGCAAUGCAAAACAACAACGCCCUAUUUCAAGCAUAGCAAGGUAAAACAGAGAUCUUCCUAAAAAACAUUGGCCUUUAUUGUUUAAAUAAUGUUUUAUUUCUUUAGAUAAAUUCCAAACUUAGCUUUGAGGUUAGAUCAGGCUCUGAAGCAUUUAAAAUUGAGAAACACAACUAAAACCCGUUUUGCUAGAUACCAAAGUACAAAUCAGAAUUCUAGAGUGCACCAUGUACUGUAGGUUUCAGGGGUGAACCAACAAAAUGGGGGAUGAGGGGUCGAUGACCUACAAUUUGGAAGGUAGUAGCAAUUGCCAUGUUGUUCCUGAUGACUUUCAUGUGUCUGCCUAAUUAGGGAGCAUCAGUAAACAUAAAUAAACCACCAGGCUAUAUCUAUCAGAUACUCCCCAAAAUAGAUAACACCCCCCCUAGUCACAUCACAUGGUAGCACAUGCAGGUUAGAUGACAUACAAACUUAAGUGGGUGAAACUCUGAAUAAUAUAAGUUACAUUAUAGCUGUUUUCAGACAUGCAUUGGACUCUGGAGGAGGUGCAUGUGUGAGCGCAAAAGUCAGAGUGAGACGCUCUGCAGUUUCUAUUUACCUGUGCAUCCAUUAUAUCAUGUUAUUUUUAACAAUUGAUUUUGUUUAUCUCACAUUAGUUUAUAUAAUUGAUUCUAGGACAUUUUAUACUGCAAGUUUAAAGUGUGAGGCUGAGGCACAGCUACAUUUUCACAGAGACCCCUUACUUUCACAACAUUGCCUGUUUGGAGUGCACUUUAGCAAUGGCUGUAAAAUGGUAAUGUAAAUAGAAAUGAUUCAUUCAUCCUCCAUACUUUAAGCCCAUAAAUGUCUCUGUGGUGAAAAUGGAACGAGUUUUCAGUGGAGUUUUUAAUGCUUACUGCGCCACCUUCAGGUGGCUGCCUCGAAUGUUUUCUAAUGUAGCCAGUCUAAUGUCUAAUGAGGAUGUCCCCUCCCUGUCAUUGUAAUCAAUGCAGUUCUUAAUGUGUUUUGUCAUCAAUUAUUUUGCUAAUAUUUGUCAAACACUGGAGAUGACUGGCCACGCUUUACUGGGCAGGCCACAACCUGUGUACUGAGCACAUGCCCAUUCAAACAGAGCAUGUGGGGGAGGGAAUAAUUCGGACAGACAUCAUGUUCCCAUCAUUUUAAAGCAGAGACCAGUGGUAAAUUUCAAAUCCCAACUUGUUGAUCAAACUUAUUUAAUUAGAAUCUGAACUUCUUAGACUAGAAUGGCACUCAGUAGAGCUCAUAUCUUUGCUAAGGCUGAACAGUUUCCUAAAAUCAAGCUGCACCAAAUUGCACAGACUCAUAUAUAUAUCAGUCCUCUAAAGAUGCCUUAUGUGGAAAAAAACCUGGAUCUGUCGCAACACUCCACCGGGUUUCGUGAAUGUUCCUUCAUUCUUUUUAUUGUAUUUCUGGUGACAAACAAACAAUCCAACGGACCAAUCCACAUAACAGUGGACAUGGAAUAAAGGUGUAAUAAAUUUGCCGGACUUCAAUGAGUAGUCGAUUUGUUUGCCAGCAGUUGGCGCUUAUGGUAAGAAGAUAUUCUUGAGUAUCGCAGUAAACAGAGAGAAAAUGUUGCUAUGCCAAUUACACAUGAAUAACCAUAGGCUGAUGCUAAUAUCAGCAUCCUAGGUGAUAGAUUUACAUCUGAAUUUAGGUUGUCAGCACCAAUAAACUGCAGCAGUGAAUCAUGGCUGACCUGUGCAUGUGCUGAUUGGAUGUAGUUUAAUAUUCCUACUUUGCAAACCCUGUAGAAACUGCAUUUUAAUUUGGUUGGAGUGAAAUUUCCACCUAGCCUGUAGGCAGUUGGCUAAUGACCACUCAAGAGAAAACACAGUCUCUUACAGCGGUGGUACUUUUCAUCAGAUUGCACUGCAUCCUGUGUUUGGUGUUUUCUGUGUUGCUUGUUUGCACCACCUAUUGUCAGAUUGUGUUGUUUUUUUUAAACUCGAACUGGUAUUAAAGGCUAUUCUAUAUGGUUUGGAUAUCCAUGUUGAUUCUGCAUUAAACCAGGAAGCUUAAGGGUUAUUUGGUUAUUAAGUCUGUUAAAUUGAAAGAUUAUCUGUCGUGACCACACAUCCUGUCUGUUCAAAACUCUGCUUAGUGCUCAGACGGUUCUAGGUGUGGAAAAAGUGCUCUUGAUGUAUUCUGUAUUUAAGAUGAAGAAUAUAGGUAUCAGGGCAGAAUAUGGAUGUGCUAAUUAAGUUUUUGCUCAGUCUCAUGUUGAAUCUCUCUGCUCACAUUAACGGCCCUGCAGUAUUCAGUCAGCCUCCCUGUAUUACCGUGCUAAUGAGAUACCUAUUUAAAAUUCUCUUCACAGGAUAUUUGUAUAAUGUAUUGUUCCACAGCAGGGUUUUUGCAGACCAUUCGACCAAGUAAGUGUACAUGUGUUUAGGUGCACUGCUGAUAACUGCCUUAGCAUCCAUAUCUCCUUUGUUUUUCCCAUUUGGUUGCAUGAUGUGAAUGUUGAAGAGGUCAUUAGGACUUGGACUAAUUUCCUGACGUCUCAGACUCACUCUGUGGAGAUGGUCUGUUUCAGAUAUUUUACACCAGUGGGCCAACUGUGUAUACUCUGUGGCAGACACCUUGGUAAACAGCAGGCCGGAGCUAAAUAAACACUGUUGUUUGAAGUGAUGAACAGUGGAGAUGGGUGUGGAGUAUAAUGCAGUAUUAAUUGACGUUGAAGUAAUAACAAAAAUAGAAAUUAUUAGUUGAUUUAAAGCUGUCCAUAUUUCUGUUUAGGGAGAGUAGAAACAGAUAAAUAUGAUAACACAUUGAUGGCUUUCGUGAAUCUCAUGAUAUUAAUUAACUACCAGUUACAACAGGUAGAUUUGACAGGACACACCUUUAACAACCUGAGUCAGGUGUAAGACUUUAACAUCACCACUCUGACUGAAAGUUACUGUAACAUGUCAGCAGGCAGAUAGAAAUACAUUACUCCAAGUCUGACAACUUAGUUAUCUUGUAUAAAAAUUGUAUUCCAAAAAUUUGAGAUUUGACAGAAAAUGUAACAGUUUUUCUUAUAAUUGAUCAUUAUUGUCUUUUUUCAAGCUAAAAUGCCAAAUAUUUAUUGGUUCCAGACUCUCAAUCGUAAGGAUUUUUUUUAGCUUUCCUGUGACCUAUACCACUGUAAACUUAAUAUCUUUGGAUUUUGGAUUGGUGGUGAGACAAAACCAGAAGGUGUUAAUAUGUCAGCUUGAAGUAUAGGAAGUCGCAAAAUGCAUUUUUCACCAUUUUGAGACAUUUUACUGACCAACAACAAUUUGUUUAAAUGGCCACAUUGGACACUGGAUGAAUAGUGUGAAUGCAGGGGUACCUCGGGUAUAUCGGACAACAAAAACCUUCAGGAGCCACUGGUUGUGCGUCUUUAAAGUACACUGCUGUGUACAAACAUUGCUCUCUGGUUGAAGACCUGCCCCUUGUGUACUCGCACUGCUGAUAAAAGUAUUUGUUUUAAGUAUGAACUGCCACCAUGCCCUCUUGGCAUCAUUACAUCAGGUCAGCUAGUAUGUAAAUGCCUUUGUCCUGCAGUGUGAUAAGUGAAAAAGUUGAUUAGAGCUAAAACCAGGAGUAGCAUUGUGGACUUAGUUGGUAAGCCCCUUCCUCUGUAGACCCCAAUACAGUCAUGCAUUCCAGUCCAGUCAUUCUGAUUCACCAGACACCUGUGCAGCGCCAUAGCAAGAGCGUCCCCCCCCCCUGCUGUAUUAACUCUCCGAGCAUGCUGGAAAUGAAUUUAAAAGGCCCCAAAAUGAAAUAGUAAUGGAAUGUAAAGCUAAUCUAAAUAUGCUAAUCCCCAAGCACUUCAUAAACAUAGACAGCAAAAGCCUGCCACCCACUCGCUGUGGUCGCUCGCUGUGGAAUGCUUUAGCCACAGGGGGUCUAGCAGUAAUGACAGGCUUGUGUUGGAUUAAUGUGGAGUUAUUUAUUUCCGUUUGAGCAAGUCCCCCUCCCACUCGCACCCCUCCGUCCUCCUCCGCCCUCCUUAGCAGUUAGGUCGGGUCUCCAUGACUCCUGGAGAUUCUCUGAACGAGCAGUCUUGGACGUGCUAUUAAUGCAGUCUACUUUACCAACACACCCAGACCACCCCCGACAGGCCUCACACUGCAUUCUGGGAUAUUUUCGGCCUGGUACCUGCUCUUAGCUAAUUACUUUUUAGCCGUGCACUGGCACAAUAAUUGGUCUUGUGCUGCUGCCUCCCCUCCCUCUGCUGCGCCAAGCGCUAGUUUGAGCACUUUUUUUUUCACCCUUUUUUUUUUUCUGUGUCGUCCUUAUUCUCCUGUUUUUUUUUUUUUAUCGUCCUCCAAAAGCCAUCCAAUUAAUAUGCUAAUGAGCUGAUAAAUAUUUAUAGGGGUUUAAAUUAUGCAGAAAGCUUUCAGAGCCCGUUGUGAAAUGCGUAGCUCGCAGGACUUCAAAGCCUUGCAUUGCUAACGAGGCAGGGGCAGAUUUGCAUACGGCUUUAAUCAGCUGAAUACUGAUUAUGCUUCAUUAUAGAGUUGGGGUGGAGGGUGCGGGGGUGCAGCAGAGUUGGAGGAGGCCGCCAGCUGCAUUCGUCGUUUUUUCAUUCCAGCAAGAGAAGGAGAGGGUGAACUUUUUCUGAAGUACAGACAGACUUGCACACUAGAGAGAGAUGGAGAGAGGGAGUGCGGUGGAGGCACUGUAAAGAGAGCGGGGCAGAGCUAUAAGAAAAGAAAAGAGAGGGAGCGCAGAGCGAGGGAAGGAGAGCUGUUUGCCUAAACUCUGCUGGCUUUCACGGUGAGCGUAUCCCAGUGUUGUUCAGUGAACCGUGCGGUGGACAGUGCCACUGUGUCUGCGUGUAGCUCUGCUGGCAUUGAACUCUGCUCACUGCUGACCAGUGGAGAGUGAAGAGUGGGAGGAGGAGCAGAGUGCCGGACAGCCUGUCGGUGGGUUUGCCCCGGCGGUGGCAAUUUUCCUUGAUAGGAUCAGCAACCAUGCUGGAAAACCCAGGUGGAGCAGUCGUGGAUGCUAAAGUGAAUAAUCAGUCAGAAACUACUAAAUGUGCAAUGGAAAUUGGUGACGGGAACACUGGAAUCCAAAUCAAUGGAUUGGACUUUCAGAGACAGACGGUUCCAAUCACAAAUGCACACGCACAAGCCCUCCUCCAACAGUCUAAGUUGGAAGACUCGAGUGCUCUUCCGGCCUCCGUCCAGCAGAGUGUAUUGCCUCAAACACAGCUAAUGUUGGCUGGGGGACAGAUUGCUGGAUUGACCCUGACCCCAGUACACCAGCAGCUGUUGAUCCAGCAGGCUCAGCUUCUGGCUGCAGCCGUGCAGCAGUCAGCCAACCAGCAGAACAGCACCACUGGGGCGAGCAUCUCAGCGUCUGCUGCCACACCCAUUUCCCAGCUGUCACAGCCCAUCCAGAUCACACAAAUACAGCCGCAGAAUCUGCCUCAGUUUGUUCUGGUUCAGCCUGGCCACCACAUCACCGCACCCCAUCAGUUCAUCAUCUCACAGUCACAACCCCAACCAGUCUUUCACUCUGCGGGCAUAUUGCAAGCCCUUCGAAAUCUACCUCCAAACCAACAUAACCUCCUGGCGACUCAACCUAACAUCAACCUUGCAACUCAGGUUGGUAACGAAGCGAAGCAGGUCCACCACCUGCUAAACUGUUUCAGUUAUACUGGUUUGACUUCACCAUCAGUAAUCCAGCCUGCAACUCCACCAGCAGCCACGUCUAUUCAGUCCCUCCACAGUCAGACACCACCCAAGCGGCUGGAUACCCCCACUCUGGAGGAGCCGAGUGAUCUGGAGGAGCUGGAGCAGUUUGCCAAGACCUUCAAACAGAGACGCAUUAAACUGGGCUUCACACAGGGUGAUGUUGGCCUGGCCAUGGGGAAGCUGUAUGGAAAUGACUUCAGCCAAACCACCAUCUCUCGCUUUGAGGCCUUGAACCUGAGCUUUAAGAACAUGUGCAAACUCAAGCCAUUGCUGGAGAAGUGGCUCAAUGAUGCAGUUUGUGCCGAGAACCUGACAUCUGACCAGGCCCUGUCCAGCCCCAGUGCUCUGGGCUCCCCAGGCAUGGGCAUCGAGGGGAUUAACCGCAGACGGAAGAAGAGGACUAGUAUUGAGACCAACAUCCGAGUGGCCUUAGAAAAGAGCUUUCUGGAGCAGAACCAAAAACCUACCUCUGAAGAGAUCACCAUGAUCGCUGACCAGCUCAACAUGGAGAAGGAGGUGAUCCGGGUCUGGUUCUGCAAUCGCCGGCAGAAAGAGAAGAGGAUUAACCCGCCCAGCAGUGGAGGAUGCGGCAACCCCAUUAAAACCCUCUUUACCCCCAGUAGCCCAUUGGUGCCCAGCACAGCAAGCCUUGUGAGCAGUUCAACACCCACCACUCUGACUGUAAACCCAGUGAUGCCUCUCACCAGCACCAGUGUCUCCACUUUGACUUUCACAGGCACAACAGCUGGAGCUACAAACACUGCAUCCGUCAUCUCCACUUCACCCAUGCUCACCACAGCCAGCUCUCCGUCUUUAAGCCCAUCCCCGACUAUUCUGUCCACGACCGCAGAGAGCAAGGCUAUCACCCAGGCGGCGACCAUCUUUUCCCAGGCCCCGACAUCCAUAGCCACCACUUUGGGGACAGGUCAGGUGAUGGUGGCGUCCCCGGGGCUCACUGCAGCACUGCAGGGGGCUCAGUUACCCACCAGCGCUAGCUUUGCUGCUAUGGCUGCUGCUGCUGCAGGGCUCAACCCAGGACUGAUGGCCUCCUCCCAGUUCCCUCAAGGGGGGGCCCUGCUCAGUCUGACUGCCAAUGGCCUCAGUCCUGCCUUCUUGAGUAACAGCACCCUGGCCACCAUUCAAGCUCUGGCUGCGAAUGGCACAAUCCCCAUCACUUCUCUGGACGGCGGCAACCUGCUGUUCGCCAACACCUCUGGCGGCAACGGGCCCAUAAUGACCUUCCUAAACCCCCAGAACCUCCAGAACCUGUCGCUGCUUAACAACCCUGUCAGCCUGGUGUCCACUGGGAUGGGGCUGCAGGUCGACACUCACCAUCAGUCCACGGCCGCUGUGCCUGUGCAAGCCUCAACCAUUCCCGCCGCCUCCAAGGCUCAGUGAAGCCAGUCCGGCUGCACCCCGAGUUAACGCCCUAUUUCUUAUGUCGUGCACUACUCUUAUCACACCAUAUAGGAAUAGGGAGGUCGUUAUAUGCUCUGUGCUUCACUAACCACGCCACAUUCUUUCCGUUAUAUCUAUCAUUAUUUAAUCCUUUUGCUGCCACCAAAAAGAAAAGAAUCUCAAAUGAGGUUGAGGUUAACUCUUUGCUUUUUUUUUUUCUGUCUUUUCCUUUAUGAUUCUUGGAUGUUUUUUCCCACACACAGUUGCCAGAUGGACACUGUUGUUGGCCUGCCGCUCCUCAUGAACCUUGACAAGUGUCCAGGAAGAAAAUAUCUUCGGCACCAUCAAGCUGUUCACAUGUCGUGUGUGUGUGUUGUGUGUGUGUGUGUGUGUGUGUGUGUGUGUGUGUGUGUGUGUGUAUAUAUAUAUAUAUAUAUCCUCCUCUUUCCAGGUCAGAAUUUUCUCUGAAAUACUUCUAACCAAAAACUUUAGGAUUUUUCUCUUUUAACAUUCAAACUAAACAGAUUUAUUACUAAUUUCACAAUGUUCAUCAUCACUAAUGGGGAUUUGUGUGUCGACACCCCAUCUUUAAUUAUUUUGGGUUUUUUGGACAGGCCUUGAUGUAAAUCAUAUCAAAGUUAUAUUUUAGAGACUUUUUUUUUUUAUCUUUAGUGUCUGUAUUUUUUGACAUUUUCAAAACUUUGUAAGUCUAAUAUUAAGUUAAGAUUUAACUAUCACUUUUUAAUCGUGGUUAUAAGGCUUUAAUAACAAGUAAUAAGUGGCCGAUAUAAAGGUUAUAAUUGCUUUAAGGGUGGGAGGGACCAGGUGUGUCUCUCUUAGUCUCUCUUUGUGGAAACACUGAGUUUUGCAUCACGCUGCAGUGGCGAAGUAGCCGCUAAGCUUGUGUAAAACGGCGGUCUAGGUGCGGAUCAUUGACACUGACAGGAAAUGACUGAAAACGUGAUGUUGAGAGCUUUAAAAAAAAGAGCUGCAGACAUGCAAUCGUGUGUCUGAAGGGUGAUUUCGUUUUGGUUGUUGAUCCAGUGGGAAACUGUACAUUAUGUUUGGAUUCAGAGGUAGAAAGUAGACGUCUGCAUGUGUUCUCUUCAGCUCAGGCAGAUGCUGAGAGUUCAGUAACAGCGUUAAGGCUCUACGACCAACUGGUCUUUUUUGUGGAGGACUAGUCGUGGGACAUGCUCAUCAUACUAAACGUGUGGUGAUUGGCUAGGCGAGGUUAUUGUAUUGUGGGUGUUUUUUUUUGUUUUCUUUUCUUUUUUAAUACUAGUACCGUUGUAUCUACUUGUGCACAGUAUCUGUACCAAAAACUGGAUUGAAGAGCUGCAGUCUGCCUUUUUUGGGAGGAAUGGAAUUCUGUCUUUCUUUUAUUUUAUUUUUUUUGUCUGCAGUCACUUGGCUGGCUAACGUACUUUAAGAUAUACCAAAAAUAUUUGUUAAAAUAAUUGCUGUGUGUAGUCAGUGUCGCUUAGUCUAGUCAAUAUAUUUAUGAGAACAGAAUCUCUCUUCAUUGUCAACAGAUAUUAGAAAUGCAAUAUUUUGAUGAUCAUUUUCCAAAGAUGACCUUUUUUUUCUUUUUUUCUUUUAAUUGACCAAGUGUCUCAUAGCUCAAAGUUUAAUUGGCAGCACAACUGACCAAAAAGAGAGGGACUGUUGGAUUGGGGGCAUUUGAAAGUAUUUUCCUUUUUUACUCUUUGAAUUGAUUUUUCUGUCAGCAGGUUCUGGCCCCUGACACCUGAUUCUGGUUUCCUUUGAGCCAUGGACGGCUUGUUUUCCUUCUUUAAUCAGUUUUUGGCCGUUUCGGUAGCAGUUUUGGACUUUUCUGAAGCAAAAAAGAAAGGUUCUGUUGUUUGGUUUUGUACUAAUAUUCAGCCAUAAAAACAACAGCUUGAACCAAAGUGGUUUUUCUCAGUAGUUGAUGUGCCUGUGCGAGCACACAAGUUGCUGUUCAUCUCUACUUCUUCACGCCGCUGAAAGCAAAAUAUUUCCCUCGUCGCUCACCUCGAUCAACACCUGAUAAUUCCCGAUUUGGUGCUGCUGGACAAGGAUCAUAGAAACUUAGCUUUAACAACUUGCUGCUGAAGCUCCCGGUGGACUUGUGCUGUUGAACGGUCUGCAUGCUUUCCUAUAGCUUUAUGACUGCUUCCUGUGCUAGGCAGGUUUUGUGGUUUGGACGCUCCCAUCUUAGAGGGCUCACCUUUGUAAAUGCAUAGAUCUGUUCAUCAGAUGGUACUACACCUCCUCUCAGCACCGCCAUUUUGAACCAGCAUGUUCGGAAACAAUAUGCUGCUCCCUAAGUCUGUCUGUGGGCUAUGAUAUUACCCAACACAGAGUCAGGCUAAAUACUCCUAUGUGCUACACAUUUGACUAAAUCCCAAACAAAAGUAGCAUUGUUCUGCUUCUUCCAAAUAAAAACAGUGAUUACUAUCAGAUCACUGAGACUGUAAGCAGCAAACAUUUGUGCUUGUUAUCCUCCUGUGUACGUCUUUUCUGUUGUUGAUUUACUUUGACUGAAUAUACCUCAGCAGCACUUAAACACAAGGUUCACCCUUUGACAUUUCUGUGUAUAGACCAGUGUAGAAUGUAUAAGUACUGUCUGGCGUACCAUUCAGAGUUUAUACUGAUAAACCACACAUAGGAACCAUACAUAAAAAGACAACUACUACUACUGCUAUUUUCUAGUACUACUAUUUAUGGGGUAUUUCCAGGUUUGAUUAUUAUUUUGAGAUCCUUCUUGCCAAAGUAAAAGCCUUUCUCUUCGCAGCUCGGCGGGUGUCUGGCUGCUCACAGUUUCCCCGUCUUUGAGGCCACGACAGGCCGAAAGGACUCAGUCCUGCUCCAGUGCUGUUCGUAGUUACUAAGAGUUGAACAUGUGCUCGCAAGAUGAACCAGUUGCCAUUGGUAUCAUAGGAUGUUACUGAAAUAUUUAUCUGAGGAAAGACUGAAGAAUUAGAGAAACAAACUUUUCUUAAUUCUAUACAUAUAAAUAUAUAUAUAAACACUUGUAAGAUAUUCAUAUUUUAUAUUUGAACUAGUAUGUUAUCAAGACUGAAUGUAGUGUUUACCAUGCUUACUCCAAAAAAAAAUCUCCCCUAAAUCUUCCUUUUUAUUAGUGCGAAAAAAAGGUAAUUCUUCUUUUUUCCAAAACCGUCAAGACCAAAAAAGUAAGAGAAGAAAUCUGAGGCCCUGGCGGAGCGUGAGCCGCUGACACCUGUGUCCGUCGUGUAUCGACCAGGUCUUUACAGCGGGGGGGCUGGUUCAGGUGCUCGUGGCGCUGGUUCAGGUGCUCGUGGCGCUCCUGGCAGAAGGUCCUGUGGUUUGGUAGGAGAUUCUGAGGCAUCCGAUCUAAAUCUUUUUAGAGAUUCUUUUGUUUUUUGGUUGAGUCAUUGUAAACUUGAUUUGCUGUGCUGUCUUUAACAAUCAUUUGAUUUUUUUUAUUAUUACUUUAUGCCUUUAAUUAUGUUGUAUAGUGUGAGAGGGCAAGAUCACUGGCUUUCUUAGUUUGACAAAGAUUAACAUUAUCAUUUAUGCCUUAUUGUUACGUAGAAGACAUGAGCAUUGUAGCAUUGUUGUUGUGCGUGUGUGUGUGUGUGUGUGUGUGUGUGAGCUCACCUGGUGCAUUGGUUUCACUGAAACAAUACAGUGUACUUUGGGCAUUUUUGGCACUUGGGAUGAUUACGUUGCUACCUAUGAUUUUUAGGUGUGACUCAGGCAGGUUGAUGAUACCUGUGAGAAAAGCUUUACUAAUAAUUCCAGCAGGUGGGUGUGUGCGUGUGUGUGUGUGUGUGAGAGAGACAGCAUGUCUUACAAAGAGAGAAAAGUGAGGGCAGUCUGUAAACCAUUAUAGUGCAUUUUCCCCAUCUUCCGGCAGGUGUUUGAGUGGCUUUAAAUAGAGGUGAGACACGGGAAUACUUAUUUUUGUUGUUUGUCCAGGGGAGGGUUGGGGGUUCCUCUACUGAUCAACUAGAGCCUUUAAGCAAGCCAGUUUUUGGUUUCUAAUGGUUAGCUACAGUUUGUGUUCUACUUGUGUUCUUCUUUGCUAAGAGCUGAUGAUCUUCUUGCCACUGACUCUGCUUUGACAGUUCGGGUUUCAGUUGGUAAUUCUGAGAUUUUUCAUAAUGCUUUCGUGAAUCGGGCCACACAUCAAGUUGCCGUACGUUGAUUCACCACACUGGUUUGCGGGUCUUUACGUGUUGACUUAGGCAGCGUGGAGCACCGUUAAGGCAAAAGGAGCUGUUGUAUACCUCAUUUCUAACUCGAGACUGAGUGAAACCUGCUUUAAUCUACUUAACAAAUAAGAUAAAUAUUUUAUAAAAUCUCACCAAAAAAAUGAUGAAAAUACACAAACUUGUGUCAGUGGAGAAGCGCGGUCAUACCUGUACUUAGGAAAGAGUUGAGGAAGAUGUCGCCACAAGGGGGAGACAGAAUAUGUACCAGUACUCAUGAAUGUCUGCUGUUUUUCUUUCUUUAUGUUGCACACUGAUAUAUUUCAACAUUGGGUGAAAUUAUAUGUUUUUGUCAGGUUAAUGUUGCUCUCUGUUAUAGAAAUUAACCACUUGAUUGCUAUGGUGUAGGUAGAAGUGCAUUUUAAUACCCCUCCAUCUUUUUUUGAGUUUGACAAUCUUUUGAGUUUUAUUUAAUCCCCCCCCCCCCACUUUGACCUGGUACAGGUAUGUUCACGUCUUCCCACGUGACGGUGUGCUGUCGCAGCCCGCUCUCGCUUCCCUGUGGUACCAACAUUAACCAAAGACUUUAACUUGAUUGUAAACGAACGACACCCUCUCCCACCUAUCCCCGCCUCACUGCUCAGAAUAAAAUCCCGGCUGCACGACCUUGAUUAACCUAUAAAAAAUAAAAUAAAAAAAAUAAAAAAGUUUUGCUUUUUGUUGCAUGCGAAUGUGUAUCUGCCCGGAAGAAAGAACCCCUCCGGCCUCUCGCCGGUGCAGCGGUUUCAGUGCCUGUGGGCGGGGAUCGGCGGGGGUUUGAAUGGGAGCUGAGCGGGCUUCUCUCUGACAGACACGAACCAAUCUGGUGGUAGCUGGGUGGUGUUUGUUAAUACACACUGAGGGUUAAUCCUGCGCACACUGUACAUGCUCAGGACUCUGUAUGUUUAUCUGUCUUGAGCGCUGUUGCUAGGAUGCUCCCCACCUCCACUCUAUCCCUCCCUCCCUCCCUCUCUCUCAAGGACUGUGGUGAAAAUGCUGUUCCUGCCUCUCGCAGUGUGUCCGUCUCUUCCUCCUCACCUGUACACUGUAGUCCCAGGACAUUUACCCUGUUGUCUCCAGGAAUACACAUCCUGCGGUCGCUAAAACUCACUGCUGUGUCCCCUCCUCCUCUUCCUCCCUUUCCCACUUCCUCUCCGCUCUCUCCUUUGACAUUGUCUCUUCACUACAGACUCUGUUCAGCUGUGACACUAUGCAUCAUGGUUCUUCACUCUUCAUGGACUGUGUCCCUCCGGCUCAGACCUCGGGCCAACGGGCUUCAGUGACACUUUGUUCAAUGCUUUACUCUAACGUGCGGCCGUAGGACCACACAAGCGCUAUCCCAAAGCAAAAAAUCCAAAUAUUUAACUUUUGACAAAUGCAGAUACCAAAGAUAUCUCUCUGUCCUGUGUCUCUCUCUCUCUCUCUCUCUCUCUCUCUGUUUUCUGUCCCUUCCACCCUGCAGCAUGUGUAUUAAGAGACAAACCCAGCACUGGCUUUAGUCCUAGCCUCAGUAAUUCCAAAGCUUAGAUGUAUAUUUUGGUAUAUUUCUGAGAAAAACUUGCGUGAAAAGCGUCUGUUUCUCGUUUGUUUGUUGUAAUCUCUCUUUUCUGUCACAGCAUGGAACUAAUUGCAAAACUGUCUUACUCUUGGUAGGUAAAAGAUAUAGUAUUUUUGUAUGUUUUUGGGUGUGUCAUGUGUGUGAUUAUCAGUUCACAGCCCAAGUGACCAUUGCUUUCAACAAAAGAGAAAACUAAGGAAAAAAAAAAACGCCAACCAUGUACAUAACAAGUCUGUAUCUCAAGAAAUGCAUUCUGUAAAACAUUAACAACUCAUUUUGGGAGCUUGGGUUCAUCUAAAGGAAUGUGUCCCUGUUUCCUCCCUUUUUUCUUAUUCCGCAGUCCAAUAAGAAUUGACUUUCCAGGACUCUAAUGUAAAGUCUUGGUUUCCAACAUGGACUGCAACACUGAGGGACACUGCUCCGAUCUUACUACAACAUAUAAAAAGACAAAAAAUAAUAAAAAAAAAAAAAACAGGCCUCCAGUCAUGGCGGCAUAGAACUGAAAGAUUGUGUAGGAGUUUUAAUUAUGUGAAACAGGAUACAUAGUAGUUUUUGAUGCAUUUGUCUGCUGUAUUUUUGUUUGUUUUGUUUUAUACACCUAUAAAGAUAAUCUUUUACUGUAACUGUACAGUUCUCUUUUGUUGUAAACAUCAUUAAACCAUUUUCCAAGUGA